UACACCUCCUUUGGAGAUAUGCACUCCCAAUCUACCAAUGUCAGCAGCAGAACACCUCCAGCAGAAACCUCUCCCUCAGACACCAAGUUGGGUUACCCCACACCCAGGCGAUUCGUCCCGCAAUCGAGUGAGACCACGGAGACACCUAAGAAGUCUUGGAGGGAAUAUCUUGGCCUUAGUCCGCCACAAGACCUGAUUGAGACUAGUCCUGGCUCCACAAAGAUCAGUCAAGAGCAACUCAGGAAGCGCCUGGAGAGCGGAGAGAGCAUCGAGUCGAUAGAUGCGCAGGCUGGUCUC